AUGGCUUGGCGAAUUUGCGCCCUUUCUAUGUUCGCAAAUAGAGUAUCGAUUGGCCGUUAUCACCUUUCCACUACCGCUACGCUCGAGAAUGUCGUGGAACGAUCGGAUUUCUUCGACAUUUUCAUGAAAGACCAAAGACCGUCUCCGAGCACCCUUGAUUACUUCAGUUCCUUCCUUUGGACGCGGAAAUUCGUGGAAGAUGAAGCCUAUAAAGCCAUACCAUUUUUCUCACGUCAUCUCAACGAGCGCACGGGGGAAAAUCGGUUCUUCGCUGAAACCGUCAACAGCAACACCACCGUAUCCCAUCUUCUGGCACUCCAAGUGCAAGACCUCAAGACCCCUGGAUUGAUUUCACAUUCCAGACGUCGCCAGUUAAAUCUUACCCCCGAUCUGACUACCCAACAUGAACUUAUUUGUUUGAUGUCGCUUGGCAAGGGCCUUGACUCACAUCCUUCCAUUGUUCAUGGAGGCUUUCAGGCGGUAAUAUUUGACGAAAUAAUGAGAAACUUGAUCUUGCUACAUAACAAUAAUGCAUGUGAACCUGGGCCGAGAGACCUCCACUUCACUGUCAAUAUGAACAUAUCUUAUGCGGCCCCUGUGACUACGCCGGGUAUCUUCCUCGUUCGGUCAAACCUGGUUAGGCGAGAGGGUAGAAAGUGGUUUACAAAGGCUGAAAUUGUCAACAGUGAUGAUAAGAUUUUGACCAGUGCGGAAAGUAUUUGGGUGACAGCGAAGAAACCUUAG